AUGAUGAACACUACCACGUGUGUAGAGAUAUCCCAGCAUGAUGGGAAGAUGGAUUUCAAUACCUGGAAGAAAAAAAUGAAGGCACUUUUAUCCCACAACAAGGUGGGAAUAGCACUGGAGAAAGAUGAAACCAAGUGGCCAGAAGAAAAGACGAAAAAGAAAGCAGAGAUAGAUGAAGAAGCAUACAAUCUGAUACUGAUGAAUUUAUCAGAUAGUGUUCUGCGGAAAGUGGAUGGUCUUGACACACCAACAGAGCUCUUGGGUAAACUUCAAACUCUGUAUGCAUUGAAAUCUGCUCCUAAUUUAGCAUUCUUGAAAGAUGCUCUGUUUUCUUAUAGAAUGGAUGCCUCUAAGUCAUUAGAAGAAAAUUUAGAUGAAUUUCUAAAAAUGACAAUAGUGCUAAAAGGAACUGAUCAGGAAUUAGGAGAUUCCAAUCUUGCAAUGAUUUUGUUAAAUUCUCUUCCUGAUGAAUAUUUAGUAGUAAAGAAUGCAUUACAGUACACUGGCACAGUCCCUGCGUUGUGA